AUGUGGGUUGGAGAUGAUGUACAAGGAGGCUCAAUGGUCUCUUCUAGCGUAUCGGGACCGUCGCGCUCCGAAUUCGAGAACUUUACAGCAGAAAAUGUGGGAGGGACGAAGAUCACACUCUCAGCUGCUUCCUCUCUUUCGAACGGAAAAGGGCCCAUUAGGACGCCGGGCGUGAUGCGCUCAGGCGACCUUCUGAUGCGAAACGGACAUUCCAUAUUACCCCAUGCGAAGGCGUUUUCUAUACAGAUCGGGUGGAGGCUGUUCAGGCUGUCAGGAGCUUCGAUCAAUUCGGAUGCGCCCUCGUAUUUCUCAAACUACUUCGAAGAGCAGCUGCGACUAGAUGAAAGUGGUAAUGGACCAACAAAGACGCUGUUUAUCGACCGAGAUCCGGAUACUUUCGCCGAUAUAUGCCGGCAUCUACAAGGCUACUACGUCCUUCCAAGAGACAAUGCUCACUAUGUCAGGCUCUACGCCGACGCACAAUUUUACAGCCUUCAACGCCUCAUAUCCCAGCUUUUCGACGCCGAAAUCUUCGUCUCAGUAGGCGGUCAACAGUUCCAGAUACCCCGCGAUACCUUCUCCGGUCCCGGCAACUCCUCCAACUUCUUCUCACUCGGCUUUGCAGGCUUCCUCGGCUCGCGUGAUGAUGCAUUUCCAGGCCUCGAAAGCAGAGGUCUCAUGCGCCCUCCAGCAGUACAACCGCAAAGCGUACCGAACCGCUCCCCUAAAGCCUUCGAGGAUCUCAUCCAUCUAUCCCGCGGCUACCCUCUCACAAUCCGCGACAAGGAGCAUCGCGCACAGCUCCUCAGCGAUUGUAAGUACUAUGGCUUCAAAGGCCUCAUGCAUAAAUUAUUUGUGCACUCCAUAAGCUACAAUGCCGAACGAGGCAAAUCAGAAAUCAUAAUGCAGCUCGAAGACCUCCACAAAUCCGGUGUCUCCUUCGUCAACGACGCUUCGCCCUCCGACCAAUCACCCUUGGGUGGCUGGGUCAAUUAUAUGCGGCCCUUCGUCGACGAGACAAGCUACGAAGCCAUCGUCGAAAUAGGAAGUCAAGAGACGAAAAUCGAUUUCCGCAGCAUGCGCGCCGAUUUCUACGGUGAUACCAAAGCGCGCAUAUCUAGUCUCUUCCAAACUGUUGCUGAUAAAAUGAACCUGCCCCACAACUUGCCACUCGGGCUCAUGAUGUCUUCAGGCGGCGCAUCCGCUGCCCCGGCAAGUCCAGCAAACACGCCCCUGAGUGAAGAUAGAGUCAAAAUUCGUAUCGGGCAAGACGCACACAUCAUACUCGAUGGCCAAGAACACACAAUGGAUGAAAGCGCUCUAGAUCACCAACAAGAGCUUGAAUAUAAUCCAGAAACAGCCACACCUUCGUCCGCCAGCCUGGCGCCAGGACAAUCCUGGCCUAAUCCUACAAUGCGCCCUUCAAGUACGCGGCCCCCUCCGAUGAAGAAACGGAAGAGAAGGGGAAGUCUGGAUGAUUUUGGCGAAUGGAUAGUGAGGAAAGGUCAGUGGCGAAUGCGCGUCCAGCCGAGGGUGGAGUACUCCUCAAGAGGCAGCCGGGGAGAGGAGGAUGGUGGCAUGGAGAUAGUGCUUUGUGCUGUCAAGUUGGAUGCGGUCAGUGGACAGAGGGGUAGGAAUAUGGGAAGGGGGUUUGUGAGUUGA